GUAAGCAAAAUCAUCAUCUUCGUCACCCCAUCAUUCUUCUCAGCACGGUCGGUGGCACAUGCGCAGCCUUCUCUCAACGUUUGGAACCGCCGGGGCUCCCUUGUAAUUACUCUACAAAUCCGCGGGUUUUCUUCCAAGAUAUAACCGCCUUCCUUGCAGGUCUCUAGCUCCUGUUUUAUUUAUGUUCUUCGUGUGAGGCGUCGUGGCUUUCUUAUAAAUUCUAUGCCGCUUCGCUGACGAACCCCUCGUCCGAUGCCAAUAUCGAGCGAGAGAGAAACCCUAGCGCCGGAUUUGCGGUCGUCGUUUCGCCGGAGACUGGUCUCCAGCGCAGCGGCAGCGGCGGCCGCAGUGGCGCCGGACGCGUCUGUGGAAAUGACUCUUGUAAGCGCUGAGAACUCUAUGACGGAAUCCACGUGCGUGGAUACGAGUUCCGAUGCGGACUCGAAGUGUAUGAUUGGGAACAGAGAAGAGGAGAGGAAGGGCGAGACGGCGAUGAGCGGCGGCGGGGAGCGUGGAGAUGGGACGGGGACCGUAGAAGGGGAAUUGCCGGCGAAGUUUGUGUUUCGGGCUUCGGCUCCGGCGCACAGGAGAGUUAAAGAGAGCCCGCUGAGUUCUGAUGCCAUAUUUUCUCAGAGUCAUGCAGGUCUAUUCAACCUCUGUAUAGUGGUUCUUGUUGCGGUAAACAGCAGGCUAAUUAUUGAGAACUUAAUGAAGUAUGGUCUACUGAUAAGAGCAGGAUUUUGGUUUAGUUCCAGGUCAUUGAAAGAUUGGCCACUUCUUAUGUGUUGCCUCACUCUACACUGUUUUCCUCUCGCUGCCUUUGUGGUUGAAAAGCUGGCUUGGAACGAACUUGUAUCCGGACCAGUACUUCUCCUUCUGGAUGUAAUUCUUGUCAUGUCAGAGAUCUCAUAUCCAGUUUUUGUAAUUGUUAGGUGUGAUUCAGCUGUUUUAUCUGGUCUUGCUUUAAUGCUCUUUGCAAGCAUUAUUUGGUUAAAGCUUAUUUCAUAUAUGCACACAAAUUAUGAUUUAAGGACUUUGCGCCACCAUAUUGCUAAGGUGCAAAUACGCUUAAUCUUCAGCUGCCAGCUUGUUAGUUCACUUGCUUAAUUUCAGACAUGUUUC